AGUCCACAACACCAGUGGCCGGCAGCCUCCAACACCACCCUUGGAGUGUAGCACGUCGCUCGCGUAGGGAAAAGGAAGCACCUCCCACAUCCGACGAGUGACGUGUCUCAUCUCCUCAUCUUGUCCAGGUUUGAUCCAUGGAGUCCCCGCAAAAGAAGGCUCCUGCAUCCAUGGCCGGCAGCAAGGCGCCUCAUCUGCUGCCGGUGACCCUGUCCCUGGCCAAGAAGACGCCUCGUCCUGAUCUUGUCCGAGGAGUCAGUUCAUGGGCGCUCCUCACCGCCUGCCACAUCGCGCUCUCCUUGGCCAUCGGCACCGUAAUAGCCUACGCACUCUACCACUUCCACGUCCGUUGCAGCCAGUCCUCCUUCUUUCUGCGCUGCGACCAGCUUACGGACGCGGAGGAAGCCAUGGUGAACGCCCUAGGGAUCGGGCUGCUGUGCUGCCUCGUGCUCCAGGCGGCCGCGGCGGUGCUGGCCCUGCGGCUCCCGUGCCGCCGCCGUCGCCGCGCCCUCGCCUACCUCGCGCUCGUGCUCACUAUCGUCGGCCACUUCAUCAUGGCCGCCAUAGCCCAUAUCCUCCUCGUCGCCGACCCAGGAGACCUCUUCUUCCGGAUCUGCUCCACCGGGGGCCUCUUCAUCUACGCAGCGGGAGACAUCAUCAGCUUCUUGGCCCUCCUCCUCGGCAGCGGUGAGGAGUAGGACUGAGAAGCAGGGGUACGUAGGCAGCGUCGCAGCGAUCAUGUCCAUGGAUCAGCUGGUGAGGUACUAAUGAGGGACUGAUAAAUAAUGAGUAGGAGUAUGCAUUAUGCUAGCGGCCACAAUUGACCGAGUGCCGAAUCUACCAGUGUACUCGACUGUUAAUUGGAUAGAUCGGAGAUGCUAGUACGUAUUUGUGUAAUGUGUUACGUACCCUGAAUUGUGCCCGUCUUUGAUGCAGUAGUAUUCCACCUUUCCUCUGUAGUAUGAUCAGACAUCAUUUAUAUGCUUAUUUAUCCAGCUUCGAUAUAAUUGAUGUUGGUGAGAUUGUCACUUCAUGCAGUAUAGGAGUAUAUGUUAACUAUGGUUUUUCAUGCAACCGCUGGCUAAU